GGGGGAGCGUUUGCCCCGCGGGCGCGCCGAGCAGGGUCAGAGGAUCAGGUCCAGCGCGAUCCGAGCGCCCGGGACCCCGUGGCCGUGGGCGAGGGAGGCGUGCCCGGAGACGGAGCCGCAGCUGGGACCUGAAGAGUGAGGGAAAGGGGUCGAGAGGGCGACCUGGAGGAGGGCUCUGAAGUGCCGUCAGGUCGACUCUUCAGGUGAUGGGCAGAUCAGAAAGUCAGAUGGAUAUAACCGAUAGCAACACUCCAAAGCCAAAGAAGAAACAACGAUGGACCCCAUUGGAGAUCAGUCUUUCUGUCCUCGUUGUUCUCCUCACCAUCAUUGCUGUCACGAUGAUCGCACUCUAUGCAACCUAUGAUGAUGGUAUUUGCAAGUCACCAGACUGCAUAAAAUCAGCUGCUCGACUCAUCCAGAACAUGGAUACUACUGCUGAGCCUUGUUCUAACUUUUUCAAAUAUGCCUGUGGAGGUUGGCUGAAACGCAACGUCAUUCCUGAGACUAGCUCCCGUUACGGCAACUUUGACAUUUUAAGAGAUGAACUGGAAGUCAUUUUGAAAGAUGUUCUUCAGGAACCCAAAACUGAAGAUAUAGUAGCAGUGCAGAAAGCAAAAACAUUGUACAGAUCUUGUAUAAAUGAAUCUGCUAUUGACAGCAGAGGCGGAAUGCCUCUACUCCAACUUCUACAAGAUAUAUAUGAAUGGCCAGUAGCAACAGAAAACUGGGAGCAAACCUAUGGUACUUCUUGGACAGCCGAGAAAUCCAUUGCACAACUGAAUUCUAAAUAUGGGAAAAAAGUCAUUAUUAAUUUUUUCAUUGGUACUGAUGAUAAGAACUCUGUGAACCAUAUAAUUCAUAUUGACCAACCUCGACUUGGCCUCCCUUCCAGAGACUACUAUGAAUGCACUGGAAUAUAUAAAGAGGCUUGUACAGCAUAUGUGGAUUUUAUGAUUUCUGUGGCCAAAUUGAUUCGUCAGGAAAGAGGGCUGCCCAUAGAUGAAAACCAGAUUUCUUCAGAAAUGAAUACAGUUAUGGAAUUGGAAAAAGAGAUUGCCAAUGCUACAGCUAAACCUGAAGAUCGAAAUGAUCCAAUGCUUCUUUAUAACAAAAUGACAUUAGCCCAGAUCCAAAAUAACUUUUCACUAGAGAUCGAUGGGAAGCCAUUCAGCUGGUCAAAUUUCACAAAUGAAAUUAUGUCAACUGUGAAUAUUAAUAUUGCAAAUGAGGAAGAUGUGAUUGUUUAUGCUCCAGAAUAUUUAACCAAACUUAAGCUCAUUCUUACCAAAUAUUCUGCCAGAGAUCUUCAAAAUUUAAUGUCCUGGCGAUUCAUAAUGGAUCUUGUAAGCAGCCUCAGCAGAACCUACAAGGAGUCCAGAAAUGCUUUCCGCAAGGCCCUUUACGGCACAACAUCAGAAACAGCGACCUGGAGGCGUUGUGCAAACUAUGUCAAUGGGAACAUGGAAAAUGCGGUGGGAAGGCUUUAUGUAGAAGCAGCAUUUGCUGGAGAGAGUAAACACCUGGUUGAGGAUUUGAUUGCGCAGAUCCGGGAAGUUUUUGUUCAGACUUUAGAUGACCUCACUUGGAUGGAUGCUGAAACAAAAAAGAGAGCUGAAGAAAAGGCCUUAGCAGUUAAAGAAAGAAUCGGCUAUCCUGAUGACAUUAUUUCAGAUGAUAACAAACUGAAUAAGGAAUACCAGGAGUUGAACUACAAGGAAGAUGAAUACUUUGAGAACAUAAUUCAAAAUUUGAAGUUCAGCCAAAAUAAACAACUAAAGAAGCUUCGAGAAAAAGUGGACAAGGAUGAGUGGAUAAGUGGAGCAGCUGUGGUCAACGCAUUUUAUUCUGCAAGCAGAAAUCAGAUGGUCUUCCCGGCUGGCAUCCUGCAGCCCCCUUUCUUCAGCGCCCAGCAGUCUCACUCCUUGAACUAUGGCGGCAUCGGCAUGGUCAUAGGACACGAAAUCACCCACGGCUUUGAUGACAGUGGCAGACAUUUUAACAAGGAUGGAGACCUCGUUGACUGGUGGACUCAGCAGUCUGCAAAUAAUUUUAAAGACCAAUCUCAGUGCAUGGUGUACCAGUAUGGAAACUUCUCCUGGGACCUAGCAGGUGGACAGCAUCUCAAUGGAAUGAAUACACUGGGAGAAAACAUUGCUGAUAAUGGCGGUAUUGGCCAAGCAUACAGAGCCUAUCAAAAUUAUGUUAAAAAGAAUGGCGAAGAAAAAUUACUUCCUGGACUUGACCUAAAUCACAAACAACUAUUCUUCUUGAACUUUGCCCAGGUAUGGUGUGGAACCUACAGGCCAGAAUACGCCGUCAACUCCAUUAAAACAGAUGUCCACAGUCCAGGCAGUUUCAGGAUUAUUGGGACUUUGCAGAACUCCCCUGAGUUUUCAGAAGCCUUUCAUUGCCUCAAGAAUUCAUACAUGAAUCCAGAAAAAAAAUGCCGGGUUUGGUGAUCAGAAGAAGCAGGGAAACCCUUGGCUAGACUUGUCAACAGCACAGAAAUGGCAAACUCUGUGGGCCACAGAGGACACUAAUUUCCUGGGGAGAGUUAAGAGAGAUGGGAGCAUCAUAAUAAAAAUGAAGUUCGGUUAUUCUGGAGAAGGCGUGGAGCUCCGGGUCUAAUGUCCAUCGAAUCAAUCAUUCCUCACUGUGUAAAUAAUGCUUACUCUCUAAAGAUACUAUUACCAUUCAUUUCUCUUUCUCGUGUGAUCUGCCAGUUUGAUGUUGUCUCUUGAAAACAGCGUUAACUACUAUGUAGAGCAGGAUUUCUAAUCAAAGGGAGGAAGAAGAGGUCGAAGAACCUUAUUGGCACCAAAUAGCAGUGACGUGAGAGUUAAAAACUCAUUACUGAAGUACUUGUUUUUACUUUUCUUUGCAACAUUUAUGCUCCUUCAAAUCUCUUCCAAAGAAUUCUUGUACAUAUUGGGGCCUUGGGACUGAUGGAGUUUUAAACUAGCUGUGCCAACCAUUGGUUAUUCAUUGUGAGAUCACUUUAUUUUAAGCACUUAGGGCUAAAAUGAAUGUUGAAAACUGCUUUUUGUUGUACGUGCUUUGACUGAUACUGAAAUUCUUGAGGCUCCCUGAAAUUUUUUAAGCAAUUUCUUGAUAUCUCUCCUCUCUCUCUCUCUCUCUCUCUCUCUCUCUCUCUCAAAACUGGUCUUUUUAAGAGAUUUGUAGUAAUGUAUAAAUAAUAAUUUUUAUAUUUAAUUAACUACAUUUAUGACUAAGUGAUUGUUAUAGGUCACCAUUGAAGAUUGAAGUUUCAGACUGUGAUAAAUAGUUAUGAACCAAAAUCUGUAAAGUGAUAUACAGAUGAAAAUUUUGAGACUUUUUAAACUUAUAAAUCAUAUUGAUGAAAAGAUUUAAGUACAAACUUUGGGUUAAAAAUUGCCAUCAGACAGUUGUCUAAAGAUACAUAAGACCUGUGGUUUACAAGCAGGGUUUUCAAAAUUAAAUCUGUCCCUGAGGUGGCGAUAAUAAAAGGGCAAAACUAUAUCUCUAUAGCUCUGCAUCUCAUCUUUUCAGAUUUGUCACCUGAUGCAAAUAUUUUGAUAAUAAAUGGAAAUUGUGAAUCCAUUCCUCACUAAGCCUGUUAUGCCAGCCGUGUAGCUUUGGAACUUGCAUACCUGAAUAGAAAUGAGCGGUUUCCACGCCUCUGAGAGACCUGCUUCUGAAAUUCUAGCUCGCAGAGUUCUGGGAGGGGGUUGUUUAGUUCCUGAUAGGAGAUCAUCUCUUGAGGCUUUUAUGUUCUUCUCCUUUCCUAUCCUGUUGACUGGUUUAGUUCAUUUCAUUACUUGAUUAAUAUUUUACAAAAAAGGUACACUUCCAAGAUCUUUAUUUUUCCCAACAAAAUAUGAAAGUGAGGAUUUUGUUUUUCCUGUUGGUUGGUUUUACUGCUUGAAAAAUGCCCAUUUAUCUUUUUUUAAAAAAAGUUAUUGAAAUAUAACAUAUAUACAAAAAUUUCAUAAAGCAUACGUGUACAGUUCAAUGAACUUUCUUCAACUGAACACAGCCCUGUAACCAGCACCUAUGAGAAAUAAAACAUUACCUACCAGCUCCCUAGAAGUGCCUUCUCCCAACCAUCAAUCACUUCACUCCACCAAGGACACUACUGCCCUGACUUCUAAUACCAUACAUUAGUUUUGCUUGUUUUUGUCUUUUAUGUAAAUAGGAUCAAUCAGCAUGCAUUCUUUUUUGUCUAGUUUCUUUCAGCAUUACAUUUGUGAGAUUCCUCUAUAUUUUUGCAUUUGAUUGUGGAUUUUUCAUUCUCAUUGCUAAAUAAUCUAUUCUGUGACUAUUGUGUACAAUUCACCAUUCCAUUGUUGAUAGUCACUUGAGAACUUUCCAGUUUGAGGAUGUUAGAAAUAGUGCGAUUAUGAACAUGCUUGCAUAUUAUCACCUUUUUAACUUGAAAUUUUAAUGAACUCAUUUCCACAAGUGCUUCCAAAGUUAUGAAUAUUGAAAAUACCGUUUCAAACUCACUGUGGAUAUUCUUUUCCUUUCCCCCUUUGUCACUACCACCAUUAUCAUGAAUAAUUUAAAACAUGUGUAUAUUUUCUUUAAGUAAACUGAAAAUAUUCCUAAAUAAUAUCAGCAGUUGGAGCAAUAGGAGUGGUUAGCUUUGAAGAGAACAGCUGUUUUUAAAUGGUUUAAUUUCUUUCCUGUCAGAGCAGCAGAAGCCAUGAAGAGCUACUAGUACAAAUUAUAAAAAGGCAUAGCUCUCCACUGCUAACUCUAAAAGGUCAGGCUCCCAUCCAUAUGGAGGGCCUUGUGUGACAUAUCCUUGGGGGAGAGGGGAAACUCUCUAGUGUCUGGAUCUCCUGUCUCCAGACAUAUUAGAUUCUCUGAGGCUAAGGGACAGACCAGAGUCAGAAGACCAAUACCUCCCCACCCCUCACAUAUGAGGACAUUGUACAUAGCACUGGUGUUGAGUUCUGUGGGGCCUUAUGGUCUCUCUCAACCACUCCCAGUCAUCUGGAGUUGUUCCAUCAAGUAAGGCCUAUCUGGAAUCUCACACAUAAAUCCAAUCUCACCAUGGCUUACUCUUGGUCAAGGAAAGAGUUUAGAAGCUGAGACACUGGGUUGGGAGCCGAUGUAAUUCUGGGAUAAGGAUAGGAAGAUGUUCUCAGCAACACCAUUGGUCAGGAGUCUGCCUCUGUGUUGCAUUGUCCAUGUGGAUUCCAGGUGUAAGGUAGAAAGAAUGUUAUCCAGGGAGAAGAUUCCUUUCUUGUAAUUCUAUUCUGCCAUUAAUGUCAAGGUGACCUUUGGAAUUUUAUCUGUUUUCUUGGGCCUUUGCUUUUCUACCUGAAAUAAAAGAGAAUUAGAUUCUACCAAUAGUUCUCAGCAAGAGAAGGAGAAUGUGUACUGCCUUACACAUAAUCUGUCCCCCAGUUGAGAACCAUUGGAUAAGAUAAUUUCAAAAUUCCCGUGUAUGUGCCUGAGUCUAAUUUGACCACAUUUUAGUCCAAAGAAAAGGGCCAAAGUUUUAUUUAGUUAUGGUCUGUCCUGUUCUCUUAGAUUUAUCAAAAGCCUUAAUUAUUCCUGUUGUUACAGAUGGUGUUCUCAAAGUAGAUAACUUGAAAAUAAGACUCUACCCUGUCAAACAUGGAAAAUCAAAGUUUUAUCAGGUCCAGUCUCAAAAAUACAAACUAAAACCAGUUUUUAAAAUAUUAUUGCUUUUAUGCCAAGUCAGCCCUGUUCUGGCCUUCCCCCACCCCGUUAAACCUCCACAGCAUUUAUGUCUUGAAAAAUGUUCAGGCCAAAUGGAGCUUGUAUCUCUUUCUUACACUUCCUGCUAGCCAAAUUGAAUCUUUUUAAAAACGAAUGAUAAUAAACUAUUUUACCAAUA